CAUAUGGUUUUAAAUAUAGGUAAAUAAGUUAGCUUAAAGUUCUCAGUUUAUAUUUUGUAUACAGAAGUUGAAAGAUAUGGAUCUUUUGUUAUACGUGAAUUCGGGCGGUAAGGUAAGUGUGAUACUGUUGCUGCUGAUACUGCUCUGGACCACGCUGGACAUGACCAAGGCUGAGCUGAACACAACCCAGGUGCUUGGCGACGAUCAGCUUUCCGUGCCGGUCCUUGACAAUAGUUCAUAUGCCGAUGGGGCGCCAAUCGAGUAUUAUGUCUCCCUGCGCCAGCGGCAAAAGGAAGCCUUUCGCUAUGGCUCUGGCCACGUGUGCGGUGGUGCGCUCAUUAGCCACAAUGUGGUGGCAACCGCUGCGCAUUGCUUUUUGGACCGGACCAGGUACGAUGGCAGCUUUCUGCCCAUAUCGAGGUUCAUGGUGGUGCUGGGAAGCCAGCAUCGCUUCGUACGCGACGAGCAGACGAUGUCCUAUUCGCUGCAGUCGUUGCUGAUCAACCUGACCAAGUUCGAUACGAGCACCUACGACAAGGACAUCGCAUUGAUCAUACUGAACGCCACAGUGCCGUCCAUCAUGCAGCCCAUCCAAUUGGCCGACGCAGCCGCUCAGCCGGAAGCCAGGUGCCACAUCAGGGGCUGGAACAACAGUCACAUGGAGUACUACUUGGGCCAGAUGAUCAGGCUGAAUGUGACGCUCAUCGAUGAGGGGGCCUGUAGGCGUGUCUCCGAUCUUGUCGAGAAUUCCCUGCGCCCUGGCAUGCUGUGUGCCAGCAAUGCGAAUAAGGAUCAGCUGGAUGGAUGCACCGUCGAUGCGGGUGAGCCGCUCCUCUGCGACGGCAGGCUGGUCGGCAUCAGUUCGUGGGGCAUCAGGUGCGGCAUGCCCCAAAUUCCCGGUGUCUAUGCCAAUGUGACACACUACUGGCAUUGGAUAGACAAUACCAUUGCAAGCUAUCAAUUGAAAAAUCCACAAAAUGGCCAAAACGAUCUCAUGCGCGCCGACGAAUUCGAGGAUAUUGCCAGAUCAUCUGGCACAAUGUUCGAGCCACUUUACAGGACAAUACUCCUCCUAGGUUUCAUGCUAAGUCUAUGCGACUUCUAGAGCGAAUCGGAAGCACACACACACACAAACACACAGACACACACACACACAAGCAUUAUGCACACAGACAACCCAUGGAUCAUAGCAUACUUUUAGGACGCGUUCGAAUAACCCAUUUUGGGAAUGGAUCGUUAAUAAGAUGAAACACUUUAUAAGACCAAAAGCACAGCGUAAAUUAAAUGUACUUCAAAUCGAAAACCCAAAAUAGUUUAAGACGCAAUUAUUGGUUAAAUAUAUUUCAGCCAUAAAUUCAA